AUGGAAAUCAUCCACCAAUCCCCCACCUCCUCCUCCUUCACCCCUCUUGCGGUCCACCAAUCCCAAACCCCCGACUCCUUCUACUCCGGCCCUGCGGUCCUCUACCACCAUUCCCCCUCCGCGUCGCUUUUGCUCCAUGCUUCAGACCUUGCGGCCGCCCCAGCACUCGCGGCUCUGGCCAAUGGCGCACACAGGAGUGCCAAUGGUACGGCAACAGUAGCUGUCAACGGCCACGAUGCGGCAGAAGACGAGGACGAGGACGAGGAGUUUGAGAUAGCUGGCGUGGAUGUUUGGGUGACUUCUGAGCGUUUCAUACUCUACUCCCCCACCCUCUCCACCGGCCUCUCGAUCCCCUACCCCUCCAUCUCCCUCCACGCCGUCCAGCGCCCCUCGCACGGGAACCCGGCCUCCCUGUUCCUACAACUCCUCACCGAGGCCCCGACGUUCGAUGACCACGACCCCGAUUCCACAAUCUCGAUGACCAUCGUUCCGGCUGCGGCUGCUGCUGCAACGACGUCGGAGGAUUCGCCGGAGCAGGUGGGACGCGUUACGCCGGAGUCGGAAUCGCAGGCCCGGCGACUCUAUGCUGCGCUUUCUGCUUGCGCGAAUCUGCACCCGGAUCCGGCGAGUGGCUCUGAGGGUGAUGGGGAGGACGGAGAAGGAGGAGGAGGGCAACGUCCGGCUGUUAUGUUCGAGGGAGAUCAGGAUGUUGGUGGUGUAUACCCAUUGAGCAAUGGAGAGGGAGGAGGGGCGGGACUCCCGCCGCCGAUGCCGGGGAGUGGGGUUUGGAUCACGGCGGAAAAUAUGGGGGAGUUCUUUGAUGACGAGGGGAACUGGAGGGGAAAUGGGGGCGCGGGGCAGGAAGUAGGCGUGAGUGGUGGUGCUGGUGGUUUGGGGGAGGGCGCAGGAACUGUGCGGACGAGGGAGGAAGAUGUUGAUGGUGAGGAUGCAGAGGGAGAGGGAGAGGGUUCAGAAGAGACGAAGUGGAGGAGAACGGAUUGA